CCUGGGAAAACAAACAAAACAAAAUAAGAAAAAUUAGGAAAGAUCCGGAAUAUUUCGAAGAGGAAAUUUCGGGAAUCCCCCACAAUAAAAACUUCCGGAAAUUUGGGCAAAAUUUAUAUCGACAACGGCAACUCCUCGCGUAGUGCCAGUGUUGUCCUUCAACCGGGAACAAUGGGUCCGCUUUUCAAAGUGUUAACCAUCGUGUUGUUGGCUGUUGGCAGACAAGGCCAUGCAUUUGAAUUGAACAAAAAUAAAGGAACUAUGUUUCCCGAUCAACCGGAACAAAUCGUCAACGCUACCAACAACAUCACAAUCACUUGCCUUUUUAUCCACAAUACCGAAAUUCACUGGACAUUACCCAAACUCCCUUCAGAUGUUGCGCUCCAAAUACGAAACAACCGUACAACUUUCACUCACUUUUCGAACGCAACUCACAUCGCCUCUACGCUGACGAUAACAAAUGCCAGGGUUACAGACACGGGGCUGUACAAGUGUUGCCUCAAACCGUUUCCUGAAGUUAAUGUACAGCAGCACGUCUACGUUUACGACAGAAAGAAUCUUGUGUUCAACAGCGAUGGUGGUGACAAAUUUACUGUGAAGCAUGGACGAAGGGCUGAAAUUCCCUGCAAACCGACCCAUCCGGAUGUUCGUGUCACACUAAAACGCAACAACCUGUUCGCCGUCGAAAUUUUAUCCAAGGAAGAAGUACAAAAGGAUUUAUUAACUGUUCCAAACGCAAAAUGGGAAUUUGAUAAGCAUACGGGAUUAACGCUGAAUAAGGCCAAGUUAAGCGACUACGGGAGGUACGAUUGCCAUGGGGCACUAGGAAAAACCACCUCGAAAAUAUCAUUCACCGUCGUUGUUACAGACGGAAUUGAAUUGACAAGGGACGGGGAUGAUGGUCCAGUGCUGAAAGGAAGCAACGUCACGUUAAUCUGCCGGGCUUACUUGUUUUCUUUACCACCCAAAUGGGCGUUUUAUAAAACGAAUAACGAUACCCACCCAAUCUACAUCGAUAAAACUAACCCCCAACUCGAUGGUAUGACAAUAGUGACGGAAAACUCGACUCUUAAAGGAGAAUUUCAAAAAAUGUACAAGAGCUUUUUGAAAUUGAGGAACGUGAACAAGAAUUCCCCAACAACAUUCCAAUGCAUGGAUGGAAACAUGAACGCUACUCGGACAUCGGUUGGAAGGGCACCAAUAUUGUCCUUCAAUGUUUUAGUGCCUCAGACGCCAUUUAUUGUUGGCCCAAACAAUUCAACAAUUUUUCUGGUCAAAGACCAGCAGUCGAGUUUGAGAUGCGACGGAUACGGAAAACCCCAACCCACAUUUCAAUGGAUCAAAGAUGGUGUCGUCAAAACUGGGGAUGACAUUUUAUCAAGUGGCAAUUCCUCCGUGUUGAAACUGCACGGAAUUCCCGGCGAAAACGGAACUUACGCCUGUCGGUUGAACAACAGUCGACACGAAACCUUCAAAUUUUUCACGGUCAAAUUUGCUGAAGAGUCUAAGCUGUCGACCGUUAUUAUCAUCAUUGUCAUAAUUUCGGCAGUUGUUCUCAUCGCUGCCAUUAGCCUCAGCAUCAAAUUGUAUCGUGACAAGAAACUGAACUUGUUUCCCGGGGCGGAAGCCUUACUUAAAGGAAAGCCAAACGAAAUGAACGACGAUUUAAGUUUGGACGACCAAAUUGAAAUAUUGCCGUACGAUAGACGAUGGGAAUUCCCAAGGAAUCGGUUGAAACUCGGUGUACAGCUGGGAGCUGGAUGUUUCGGCCGAGUCGUCAAAGCAGAGGCUGUCGGAGUCAAAGACUCGGAGGAAAACGUUCAAACGGUGGCCGUUAAAAUGACCAAGUCGCAAACUAACGUCGCUGCUCUCGAGGCUUUGGUCAGUGAAUUGAAAAUUAUGAUUUACUUGGGAGGGCAUUUGAAUAUAGUCAAUUUACUGGGGGCCUGCACCAAAACCCUCGUAAGAAGAGAACUAUUUGUGAUAGUCGAGUAUUGCCGAUUUGGCAAUUUGCAAACGUACUUGAUCAAUCACCGAAAUAAUUUUGUUAACCAAGUGGACGAACUUGGCAAUCUAUUGUCGGAUGCGGAAAUGCAGGAAAUGAACAGUGCAAGCAUAAAAAGAAAAGAGUGUCCAAUCGAUGGAGACAAGGUAAAAGUUAAAGAAGAACCGGAAACAGACAGAUACGUAAAACAAAGAACCAGAUCGCAACCGGAUAAUUCCAGCCCAACGGUCGAUGACGUAAACAUAACAGAAGAAUGUGAAGAGUCUGUGUCGUUUGGCGUUUGCCAAGAAGACCCCUCGGAAGACCCCAAUACCAAAUUCCAUGGAUUGACCAUGUCCACAGCGGAUUUAAUCUCUUGGUCAUUCCAAAUUGCCAGGGGAAUGGAUUACUUGGCCAGUAAAAAGGUUCUUCAUGGCGAUUUAGCUGCGCGUAAUGUUCUCCUGGCUGACGACGGAGUAGCCAAAGUAGCCGAUUUCGGCAUGUCUCGAAAAAUGUAUUACGAAGGGAAUUAUAAACAAUCAGGGCAGAAAUUGAUGCCGAUCAAGUGGAUGGCCAUUGAAUCCUUGACGGAUCGAAUCUUUUCCACCCAGUCUGAUGUUUGGUCGUACGGUGUCCUCCUCUGGGAAAUUUUUACCCUGGGAAAAGUCCCCUACCCAGGAUUGGAAGGAAACCAUCAACUCGUCCGCCAAUUAGAAAAAGGAUACCGGAUGGAGAAACCUGAUUUUGCACCCACUUACAUAGGAGAAAUUAUGGCCGGCUGCUGGAAAGCGGAUCCAAAAGAGAGGCCAUCCUUCAGCGAAAUGGAGGAAAUGAUCAGCAGCCAAAUGGAGUCGACAGUCAGCGACCACUAUUUGAAUUUGAACGACUCGUACGAGAAGCUCAACGAACUAAAAGUCAACGCUUCUCCUACCGAACCUUUGGGGCUUGCCAAAGUGCUGGAUUCAAAGGAGAAAGUCGGGAAAAGGCAUUCGAUAUUUUCACGCAUAAUCACCCAAACGAAAGUUGAUCCCAAGAAACUCAGCUCAAGAAAUAGUUCUGGACGAUUGGAAUCAAAUAAAGAAUCGAAAAAUUUGCCAUGCAACGUCAACAAUAAUACGAAAAGUCUCAUCAGUCAAAUAAAACGCCGAGGAUUUAGUUUUCAUCAAGACUUUGCCGAGGUGACUCAAAGUUAACCAAAUUUGUUUUUCUCUACUAUUCUCUUGAUGGUUAGGUUUCUUUCAGAGUUUUGUUUAGUCGACCACCACCUUCCCUCCGCAUCCAAGGAAGGAAGACAUUUGAUGGCGAAUCGCUUGGGUUUUUUAAUCUUUAACGUUGCGUGUUGGACGACACUUGACACAAUAGAAAUUAACUUUAUUUCGUGAACAUUCCCAUAUGGGAUUCCAAUAAUCCCAAAGGAGUGUCAUCCUGUUUGAUGUUCUACUCUCAAACGGGAUAAUUAACUCUAAUGUUGAUUUUUACCUAUCGAUGAUAAUUUUAACGUAAGCUUAAUGAUAAGGAUUUCAUGUAACAGGUGAAACCAACUUGAAUAAAUAACAUUGUAGGUGUGUCCCA